UAUAAAGUUUUUCCAUUUCCACUAUUUCCAGGACCUUCUGUAUCGAGUUUUCUUCCAUUGGAAUUUCCAAGCUUUUCCACUUGUGAGCAUAUAACACUCUAGUGGUUAAGAUCAUGUAGUGUAACACUUUCCAAUUUUAAGGGUAAAAUUCCAUUAAAACCAGAACUAUUUUUGCUGGGUUGAGCAGAUGAGAAUAAAAAAUUGCUCAACUAUAAAGUAGGUGGAACUUUAAAAUCCCUCUUUGGAGAAUAACAGCAGAAAUGUUAACAGUGCAGUGCAAUGACCCCCUGAAACAAAUACUUCAAUGGCUUAUUGUGGUGGUGCUUUUGUCUCAAGCAGUGGUCUGUGCUGAGGAGGGACCAUCAAAUGAAGCAUGGAAGGAAAAUACAGUUGUUCACUUAGCGGUUGCAAAGUGUUCCUAUUUAAAAACAGUCUCCUAGCAUUAAUGCUGUUAACCAAAGAGGUCAAUAUGCCAUGAGUAAGCCUGCAGAAGUAUGUAAUGUUGGAUGGAAACCAACUAGAUCCCAAACUAAUGAUUAAGAAUAUCCCACUUCACUCUCAUUUAGCCACCCCUUCGCUCUCAUCCCAUGCGGGCAGCUCUUGAAAUUAGGCAGAGGGUCUCAUACAGCUAUAAGACCACAUUAAAUUACCACAGCAGCGACUCCAAACAUUGUAAUCUUCCCUGUUAGACUGUUGCAUAUAUCCUCUGACAAAAAUAGCAUCUGUGCAAACAUCAGUGACAAAUCAAUCCCUGGUUUCCUUCUGUCUGAUGAGAUUUGACCGGAAAUUGAAACAUUCUAUUUUGCUACUGGAGCCAGCUAGCAAAGGCCAGGCCAGGGGUGGGGAGGCAUGCCUCAUCUUCUCACACAAUUUCCCCGGGGCUGUUGUGAAGCAGCUGGUGUCUGGGGGAGCACUUUUAGAAGGAGGUACUAAAGGGAGUGCCUAUCCAGUGUUGCACUCCUGAUACGCUGAAGUCAACAGCUAUGUAUGGGGCAGCGCUGGAUUAAAACAAUUUCAUAAUCCUAGCGAUUUCCUUUUUUGAUCAGGAUUAUGAAACCAAUCAUGAAUAUCAAAAGCUACAGCUUAAACAGCAUCUUGGGACAGAUGCUGUGCAGCAAUGGUUGCAAUGAACAAUGCAGGAGAUGCGACUAGAAUAAAGACUGAAGGUUUCUAUUACAUUCGGUGAUAUUCACCCUGCCUUUUCUUUCCAUUCCCAGCAAACCAAAACUUGCUGUUGGAUUUAACUGGGAUGGCUGCAUGAUAGCUAAUUCAGGAGGAAUGUCUUCGCAGAACGGCGUCUCUGUGGCACAGCUGCCCACAUCGAUGCAGUUCCCUUUUCCGUCACAGAAGCAAGGUUGCUGCUGAUCCAAGGAGGCUUGGUCCAUUGCCUGCUGGAAGUGGAAACAUGGAUGGAAAUUUCUCUACUGAAAGGAGGAAAGUCUUGAAAAGCAUGAAACAAUGUGUAAAAAAUAUUUCUAGAUCCAAACAACACCCUGAGAGUCCUGAAGAUAUAGACAAUUAUUGCCCCAAUGGGCCAGCAUGGGUUCCAGUUGGGCUUUCAGGGGAUCCAAGCAGGGGCACCUCCGUUCUGGAAUCCAAAGUCAAAGCACUAAAAGAGAAGAAGAGUACCAUUAACAGACAAGCUGAAGCACCAUCCCAGGAACGGGCUUCUCUGAAGAAAGGCAAGGCCUGGAAGGGGAAGUCGCCAACAGAUCCUACUUCUCAGGAUGCAGUUGUGGAACCACAGGCUCAGAUUCGCACCUACCUGACAGAUGUGCUGCUGGACAGCACUGACUAUUAUCCACAUUCCAGGCAGGAAGAAUCACUGGAAUCAAUCCCAGGAAAUUCUUAUGUCAAUGAUUUUGACAAUCUGAAAGGAUCUAAGACAGAAGAAGAAUCUAUAAACAUUGCCUGGAGUUCACCUGAGGAGUUCCGUAGGCUUCCAGGAAGAAAUAUCCUCGAUAAAAAAAGCUAUGUGGGAAAAACAACAAAAAGAACAUCCCGAAGUGGUCUCUAUGGUGCUAGCUCCUUAAAGGACCUUUCCUGCCUCCAAAAAUCUUUGGAAAAAGUGAACGGUGGAGAAGACCAUCUAGUUCAAGCCAGGGAUUUGGAAAGCUGUUCGUCUGUCCGCAAAAAUGAUACUUGUGGGAUGGUGACAACAGGACGGCUGUGGAGGACAGAGAGCUGGGACAGUCUUGGCAGUGGUGGAAGCAAUGCCACCUCCCUGUCCCUGGCAGAAAGAGUGGAGAAGAACCGCUCUAUCCUCCAGGAGAUGCUGAGCAUGUCACAGUUUAAUAGCUACUCUUCACAUGAACUGCAUACUCUACAUCAUCACAAGAAGGAAACCCCAGUCCUUGGGAAUGAUGAGCCCAGUAAUGGGAUUCUGGCAAAUGAUGUAGACUGGGAUUCUGGUGUAUCCUUGCAGGAUUCUGAAGGCUACCGGGCCUUUGUUCCCAACCAGGAGCUGGAGCUGAGCCCCAGGCAUGAGCAGGCUAAGCAACUGCUGCAGAGAGCGCGUAUGAAGGCCAGGACGAACCCCCUCCGAGCUAGCCAUAACAUUCUGCCUACUUUCUCCCAAGAGAGGAGGGAUGCCUGUGGAAUUUCUGCUGCAGAAGCAAAGAAUUUUGUUCUGAAGGAUGGAGACCCCCAUGCCAGUGGAAACUUGAGUGACUCGUCAAGUGGGGAGUCCAGCUGUGGGCAGCAGAGGACACGAGGGCCAUCCCCAUCUCGUGUGCGUUUUGAGGAUGAAUCUGCACGGGAUGCUGAGGUUCGCUAUUUGGAACGUCUUCAGCAACGUCAGAAGCGAGUCUUGGAUUCAGUUCUCUUAUCUCUGGGUCGUGGCCCACUGGUCUCCAAACCGGAUCUUUCAGAUUAUAUCAAUGGUGACCUCCAGCGUAAAGAGAAUGGCAUCUGUAAGCCUGUCUGGGAACAGCAGAGCACAGAGCAGGCAGGAGGGGCACUCACUCAUCAAAGCAACAGGGGGCGCUCUGAGAAGGAAAUGCCUCUGGUGGUCAACAAAGAAGGGAAAUGUAGUGCCUGUGGGUCUUAUGUCAACAAAUUGGCAGCCAGGAACCCUGAUGUCAGUGUAAAUCAAACCAGGAAUGACAUGCAUAAGACUUGUAAUGCCUCCCAAAGAAGCAAACAUCUAGGCAUUGCCAAUGAACACAAGGUGCUUACUACUUCUCAGGAGGACACCCGAACAAGGCCUCUUGGUCCCAAAGGAACUCCGCUGUGGAUCCUUCCUUCUCGACAGCGUGUUUACACAGAACGCAUCAAGGAAACUUAUAUUGGGGAAGUGACUUGUAUAGAUGAUGUUGACUCAGCUUUAGAUAGCACCACUGACACAUCAGAUAGUUACAGGACAGACAGCGAAGAAGCUGGUACCGGUACUAAUAGUCAACAGUCAAUGUUCAAAAGUCAGUGGCACAGUGUGCCUGGUCCAGAUUCUAGGCCAGUUUGUUCUUCAGAGAAGGAAACCAAGAGUAUGAAGAAUAAGGGGGACAGGCAUUGGGGAAAUGCCAGUUACAAUGCCCAUAAUGAGGAAUUCCAAGAUAAUGUGCCUAGCAUUAACAAAGUAGAAACUGGGUUAAGUGCUAAUGAAGCAAACAAUUAUAAUGUGAAGGGAGCCUCUGAAAUAAAAAGCCAAGAAAAUAAAAUAGCUUCUAACAAGGCAGAAGUCUAUACGAGAGGCAAUCAACCUGUAGAUCUAUAUCCAUUGGCCAAGAAAGGCAAAGCCCAAGGGCACAUGAAAGGACCCAAAGCCCAAUUUAGGGAACCCAUACCCACUGUCCAUUCUCAGCAGUUGCCUUCCUAUCUGGCUUCUGAUAGUUUAACAAACUCUGUUAACAGAAAAUCAAGCUCUAGUCACAGGCCAACCAACAACUUAAGCCAAGUAAAGGAUCCUUCUCAGCAGCUAAAUAAGGAAGUGGCUGCCAGCUUCAACCUAGGAGAUCAAGUACCUACACUCACUGCCACAGGUAAAGCCCCCUCCUCCCCAAUGCCUUACAGGAGAGCUGUUUUAACAGGCGGCUACAAGCUGGAUGUUCAGGAUCCUGGGCAGGUGAAAGAAGCCAAUGAACUGCCAGUUUGUUCUCUUCACAAUAUUCAGCAUGCCUGCGUGUCUCAGACAGAGGAGCAGAGUGGCAUGCAAAGCCCAAAGAUGCUUUCUAAGAGUCAGUUGUUGGCUUUAUCCACUAAUAAUUGCAAUAAUACCCAUGCAAAGCACCAGUCAAAAACUUCAGUGAUUUCUAUGGUGAAGAGUAAAGAACAAUUCCAGGACAGCCAGAAGAUGAGGAAAAAACAUGGAACUCCAUCAUCCUCAACAUUUGGUGCUCCCCCUGUUAAUCCCAGUGCCACUGGUUUUACUGCCAUCAAUCUCUCCCUGACAACUGAGGAGACCAACCCUACCACUUGUGCUCAGUCAAUUAGUAGAGAAGCUCCAGUAACAGAAGCACAGAAGACAAGGUCAGCCCAAACAAGUGCAGUCCAGUGCAAACCCUUAGAAAUCUACCCAGAGCCAAAGAAGAAGCUAUAUGCCAAGAAAGGGGGUAGUUCUUCCUCCUCCUCCUCCUCCUCCACAUCAGGACUAAAGAAAUUCUUCACCACUUUGAGUCAGAACACCAAGCAGAAGCUGGGCAGGUUCCGGUGUUACAGUAUGGAGCAGAUUUGUGCCCCAGAGCCAGGAACCCCAAUACCCACUGAGGAACCAGGCCCUGGCAUUACCAGCUCACCCAAAUUGAAGAAAGCCCCUUCCCUACAAUCUUUGCGGCUUGUGUCACCUUUCAGACAACCAAGAAAAGCCUCUUCUGUUCAAAAUUUGCAAUCCUUAUUGGGUAAAACUGACAGGUCUAGUCUUUAUCUGCUGGGGGAAGAUGAAGCCAAUCCUAACAGGAAAGCAGGGUCCCAACAACGCCGUUCUCUGAGCGUGGAGGACAUUGGUUCCCCAGACUUAGUGAGAACUGUUGGCCGAGUGGUAGAGGUUUUUCCAGAUGGGACUAGCCAAUUAGAACUGCAGCGCUCUCCUCAGGGAAACUUUGGAUUUCGUGUCUCUUCAGGAAAUGGCCGUCCAGACACAGGCAUCUACGUACAAGAGAUGGCAGACCCCAACACAGCUAAGCUCUAUGCAGGCCUCCUAGGAGUUGGGGAUGAGAUACUAGAAGUGAAUGGUGCCAAGGUGGCUGGUUUGGGCCUGGCCCAAAUCAAUGAACUUCUCUUGUGGACAGACACCCUCUCAGUUAGAGUGCUGAGGCAGAGGCCUCUUCGGCGGUAGUAAAGAAGCCCAGGAUGUCUGCAGGGGCUUGCUUGAAGGUGAAGCUAUUGCUGCACAACACAGAGCCUCCAGUGCCUACUGGGCCUGCCUGGGAAUUUGAGCAGAGCCUACUUCACAUCCCGGUUAUCAAUGCCUUUCCGACCUGGACUUGGGCAGUGGCACAGCCCAAUCUUGUGGGCUGUGUUGUGUUGCAAGCUGGUACAUGCUAAAUAUUUUAUCUGUUAAUAUGGCUCUCCCUCUGCCCUUCUCCCUCUCCCCACCCCCACUGCCAAGAAACAGGAACUAGCAGGGAAGAUUUGGCACCAACCUGCUUUCCUGCACAUGUGGGAUGAAGUGACCAGGACAGCAUUUAACAAAGCGCUGGUUAGAACAGUAUCUCCUCACCUCCCCAAAUCCUCACUCUUCCCCUUAAAAUCUGAAGGAUACUGGAUUAUCUUAAAUCAAUAUUCUAAACACAGUAGGCCAAGUGGGUACAUAAAGGCUCUUCAAAGAUAUGUAGGCUCACAAUUUGUCCUUGCUAUGAGCAUUGCCCUUCGUCAAAUUAAAUCUCUUCAAAUGCAUCUGUUCCACAUGCUGAAGCAAAAUGUGAACACACUGCCAACAGAUAUUCUCCUCAGGAAGCUUCCAGGAGUUAAGAGGCCGUCAACUCUGUUUUGGGUAACUAUGGUAACAGCAUCCCUAGAUGAAAGCAGACGUUGCCCUCUCCGGAAGAUUGUGAUUUCAGACUGGGCCACCUCUUGGUCUCUCUUUGUGCUAUGAACAGGCAUCUCUGUGCUGCAAAUAUCAGCUUUCCGAUCUGUGUAUCAUUUGUUGUCCUGUUAGGGAGCCACAAAAGUUUAAAUCACUUUUAAAUAAGUUUUGUUGCUACUGUACUUGCACUGAUACUCUGUUUCCUAACAGUAAGAGCUCAGCGCACUCUAUUGAGGAUCAUCUGCUUCUGUGCAUUAUGUUCACAAGUGUUGACUGUCUGAAGAAGACUCUGGCUUGUCCUCUUACAAGAGGUCCACAAACAGGAGAUUGGCAACUGUCCCCAGUUUCAAGGGCCUGCUGAAGUAUUGUGUUCACCUCUGAGGAAGCUUUCUGAGUAAUGGCCAGGUAGCUCCAUCACCCUAUAAGGCACUGUAGCCUGGCCAUCACAUUCUUGUCCAUCCAUCAAGUUUAGCACACGACAAUGUCCUCAUUCUCAUGACAGACUACAUUUCAGACUACAGGUGAGUUUCAUGUAAACUGAAUGCUCAUUAGUUUCUUUAUAGAAAACUAUCAGUCUGGUGAAAAGAGUAGCCCAAAACCUUUCUUCUGGCAUGCAAGUAAUUUUUAAAAAUUACUUUUGGUAUGGAGAAACAUUCUGUUAUGUGAAGUGCCUGCAAGUCUGAAAUGGUACAGCUCAAAAAUCAGGCUUACCAGUCUAGGGAGAAUGUGGCCUGAAUAUGCUCUUACUGGGUUUUUUUUAUCAUUUGUCUUGGAACUGCCUUGGAUUCCCACCAUCUCAAAUGACCAGGUUCACUCCUGAGCCUUGCAGUGAAGACCUGAUUGUGACAGGAGAGGUCUCUGUUGUGAUAUAGCUGUUGUGAGUGUAUUGCCAUGAGCUGCUCUUGGCAGUACUGGGUAGCCUCUCUACCUUGGUUCGUCAUGAUUCUCUGAUUAAAUUAUUUUUUUAAACA